AUGGAGGCCGUCAAACCAGAUCCAGGAAUCAAGCCAAAACGGCGCAGGUACCGGAUCCCUCGUAGCUGCGAUAAAUGUAGGAUUAGUAAAGUGAAAUGUGUCCUUGAAAAUGACCGUUGUAAUAAUUGCGUCAGACUUGGUGUAACGUGUACGUUUGCCAAUCCAGGCAGUCUGAAGGAGAGACCACCAACACACAAAGAUGUCGAGCAGCUUAAGGCCCAUGUCAGAUCUUUGGAGCGCUUACUCCACGCCGUGGAUCCUUCACUUGACCUCAAUAAUCUACCGGAUCCCGAUCGGCUCGUUGCAAGCUCAAAAGCAGUGCCCCAGCGUUCCCUUAGACCACUCGCUGGCUCAUCAUCUCAACCAGAGCUUCACACCGUUGAAAGUAAUGCACAAGACUGUUUCGACUCUCAGCUUUCGACCGUUCUGAGCGCGAUCCAAGGUUUGCAAAUCGAAGCAGAACCUGCCGUGACACACAUCCAUUGGACGCAGUCAGACAAGACCCAACCAAUGUCCAGAUUCGUUGGGGCCUUGAUCGCGCCGGACCAGUAUAUCGGCCCUAAUUCGGUCUUCAGCGUGGCCGAAGCAGCAGCAUUUGGGGUCCCCAAAAUGCCUCCUUGGGACUAUGGCACACAAGGUCCGGUCGAUGAAUAUCUCCGCCUUCGUCACAAGGAAUAUCUUUCGAGCGCGAAACGCUUCUAUCCGGAGCCUGACUUGGAACAAGCUCUUAUCACGAUCUACUUCGAGAAGUUCCACCCUUCCGUCCCAGUCAUCCAUCCGACCACGUUCCGUGACCUUCAUAUAUCGGGACUUGCGCAGACCAAUCCUACCUUCAGAGCCCUCUGUUUGCUCAUGUUUGCGAUCGCUAGCAGAUGGUCGACUGAUCCUAGGGUCCAGCUCGACUUGGCCGGAAUCUCGCUUGGUGCACACGAUCUCCCGAUCUCCUGGAUCUUCGCUGAGCGGGGUCUGCUCCUUGCACAAGAAAAGAAAAAGGUACCUGGACCACCGGUCAGCGGUAUGCCCAUUUACAAAAUUGUCGCAACAAUCCUACUUGAGAACUUCAGCGACUUGCAGACCAACCGCACGUCUCAAGUUGAGCAGAAGAUUAAACCAGCAAUUGUUUUCGAGUCGACUCACGCUGCCGGCGAGAGUCAGAUGAACGCAAUCACCCCAGAACCAGAAAGCGCGCCAAAACGGCGAAGGUAUCGGAUCCCUCGUAGUUGCGAUAGAUGCAGGACUAGUAAGGUGAAAUGUGUCGUCGAAAAUGAUCGCUGUAUCAAUUGCGUUAGAAUUGGUGUCAAGUGCACGUUUGCCAAUCCAGGCAGUCUGAAAGAGAGACCACCAACGAUCAAAGAGGCCGAGCAACUUGAGGCUCAUAUCAGAUCUUUGGAGCGACUCCUUCACGCGGUGGACCCUACCCUUGACCUCAACAACUUACCAGAUCCUGACACGCUCGUUCCAAACUCACAAGAUGCGUCUCAGCUUCCCAGUCUAUUCCACGCCACCCCAGCAUUUCAACCAGAGCAUCACGCCGCUCAAACUGCUCCAGAAGAGCGCCAUGAGUCUCAGCUUUCGGCUGUUCUUAGUGGGAUGCAUGGUUUGAACAUCACCGCGAGGCCUGCUGUCACAAACAUGCAUUGGACUCAGUCAGACAAGACUCAGCCGAUGUCCAAAUUCCUCGGUCUCGUCGUCUCCCCGGACCAGUACAUCGGCCCGAAUUCCGGGCUCAGUAUGGCCGAUCCAUCGUCGCUUGGGAUUCCCAAACUGCCUGUCUGGGACUUUGAGACCCUAGGUCCGGUGGAUCAAUAUCUGCGUCUUCGCCAUGAUCGAUAUGUCUCGAGCGCGACCUGCUUCUAUCCGGAGCCUGACUUGGAGGAAGCGCUGCUGACGAUUUACUUCGAGCGUUUCCACCCAUUCGUCCCGGUCAUCCAUCCGACCAUGUUUUGUGGGCUUCAUAGGUCUGGACUGGCGCAGAGCAACCCCACCUUCAGAGCUCUUUGUCUGCUCAUGUUUUCCAUUGCUAGUGGAUGGUCAUCGGAUCCUAGGGUCCGGCUCGACUUGGCCGGCAGACACCAGCUCGCCCCGGAAUUCGUGGGAGUCCGCUUCACCCACGCUGGGCUUAUGUGUCUCUUUCAACCCGGCUACGAUCGCGCAACCCUUUUCCAUUUGCAGGCGUUUGUCUUGUUGACAAUCGUCUCGCUAGGCGCACACCAACUCCCGAUCACCUGGAUUUUGGUUGAGCGCGGUCUGCUUCAUGCACAGGAAUGCGGUGCUCAUCGUGAAGUGCACCAUCUUUGGAACGCUGAUCCUCUUCAGGACUAUCUCCGGCGUCAGGCUUUCUUUCAGCUGUACGAAAUGGCUUACAGGACUAGCUAUUCGUUGGGAAGGGCGCCAUUGGUGGAAUAUGAUGACUUUGAUCUCCAACCAACUCAUGUCCAGCGUGGCGAUCCGCUGGGCAUCUUUACGAACCCAUAUUCGAGGAUCAGUCCAGCCGUCCAUCAAGCACAUGUGGCAUUCGAUCAAGUCAGAGCAUCGCUGUUGGAACUCGGCUCGCUCAAGUAUAUGAUGCGCCUGUUGUUCAAGAUGCAAGCGGAUUCGAAAGCGCCCGCGGGAACCGAAUCGAUGAAAACCUUGAAAGCAUUGGUCGACCAGCUCGACCUGAGUGCUAGGAAAUGGUUCGAUAAGGUCCCUCCGAUCUUCAAACGCGUCGACCUCAAUGCUCCGGCCGAGAUUUUGAUUUUCUCGGUGUUGGUGAUUGUUCACUAUUCACAGUUUCAGAUGUUGAUACACCAGACGUUAUUCCACUACCAAGACAACGAGCUGCCAGCCGCCACCCAACCGACGAGGGACAUGAAUCCGCACAUCGACCGGUUCGUUGAGUUUUCGAUGCUGUCCAUUCAAGCAAUGGACGCCCUGCGCCUUCGGGGACUGCUCACAAAGGCGUUCCAUUGGCUGCCGUUCGAAAUCAUGUUUGCCGUCAUCCUCCUGGUCUGCGCUACCAGGAAACAGAAAGAGUCGAUCGGCCCUCUGGAACUCAAAGUCAGGCGCGAUAAUAUCCUGCUGGUGAUCGCGAUUCUGGACGAAUUGGCCUCUAGCAAUAUUGGUCCUUGA